UAUAGGCAGAUUAAAAAUCUAACCCACCUUUUGGCCACAGUCGAGUAAAACCAUCUUAGAUCGAGAUUAGAUGAUGCAUGUCAAGAUAAGUCUGAUACUGACCGAAAAGAUUGAUAAUUUUGUCAUCUAAAAACUUCAGUCACCUUAUCGCGUUUAUAAAAUCAACAAGUUUAUAAUGUUUAAAAUGCGAGUUCCGAAGUUAUUGAAGUCCGUGAGAUACUCUCUGGCAGCCGUAAAUACUGUGUUUUUGCUUACAGGAGUACUUCUAUUGAUACUCGGUGUAGCAACGUUGUUAACAUUUAAUAAUUACUCACUAUUAGUUACUUAUACAUUUUUCACUCUAUCAAAUUUUGUGAUUGCUACUGGUGUGAUUAUAUUAUUCGUGGCAGCACUAGGAUAUUAUGGAGCUGUGUCAGAGCAGUUUCUCUUUAUUGUUGGGUACGUCGUUCUACUUUUCGUGAUACUUGUAUUCGAGAUCGCAAUCACGACAUUAGGAUUUAAUCUGCAAAACGAUGCAUCAAGGAUUAUUAGGAGGCCUAUGACCCAGACUUUACAAUUAUAUGGAAACAGAUCGGAAAUUAAUAUUACCUGGGAUAACUUGCAAUCUGGUUUCCAAUGCUGCGGAGUAGUCAGUAUUUCUGACUGGCCUACUGGGCGUCUCCCAGUGAGUUGUUGUCACAUAGAUUACGGCACCAUAUCACCGUUUGAGUGCACUUCUAGUAAAGCUUACACCGUUGGUUGCGCGGCGGCUCUUGGAGAAUAUCUCAGCUACCACGCAUACGUUAUUGGAGUAACGGGGGCGUUUGUCAUUUGUUUACAGCUACUCGUUCUGGCAGCUGGAUGUUGGCUCGCAUACCGGUCGAGAUUUGAAGAAGUUGAACUUGAAUCCUGAAUAAACUAUGUCAAGCUGUAUGACUGUCCAGUCCAUGUUGCUGGAUACUUAUUAUGAACAUUUACGAAAAGAAACCAAAGCUAGGAUACCAUUUUAUAGUCAAAACAUCUCCAAAAUAAAAUAACCACAUUUUGUAUAUAAUAUAAUCAU